AUGGUGUGUGCAGGAACAGAGAACAAGCUGAGCUCUCUCUCUGACCUGGAGCAGCAGUAUCGAGCCUUGCGCAAAUACUAUGAGAACUGUGAGGUGGUCAUGGGCAACCUGGAGAUAACCAGCAUCGAGCACAACCGGGACCUCUCCUUUCUGCGGUCUAUUCGAGAAGUCACAGGCUAUGUGUUAGUGGCUCUUAAUCAGUUUCGUUACCUGCCUCUGGAGAACUUGCGCAUUAUCCGUGGGACAAAACUUUAUGAGGAUCGAUAUGCCUUGGCAGUAUUUUUAAACUAUAGAAAAGAUGGGAACUUUGGACUUCAAGAACUUGGACUGAAGAACUUGACAGAAAUCCUUAAUGGUGGAGUGUAUGUAGACCAGAACAAAUUUCUUUGUUACACAGACACAAUUCAUUGGCAAGAUAUUGUUCGGAAUCCAUGGCCUUCCAACCUGACUCUGGUGUCAACAAAUGGUAGCGCAGGAUGUGGACGUUGUCAUAAGUCCUGUACUGGCCGAUGCUGGGGACCCACAGAAAAUCAUUGCCAGACCUUGACAAGGACGGUAUGUGCAGAACAGUGUGAUGGCAGGUGCUAUGGGCCCUAUGUCAGUGACUGCUGUCAUAGAGAAUGUGCUGGGGGCUGCUCAGGACCCAAGGACACAGACUGCUUUGCCUGCAUGAAUUUCAAUGACAGUGGAGCAUGUGUUACUCAGUGUCCCCAAACUUUUGUCUACAAUCCUACCACCUUUCAACUGGAGCAUAACUUCAAUGCAAAGUAUACAUAUGGAGCAUUUUGUGUCAAGAAAUGCCCCCAUAACUUUGUGGUGGAUUCCAGUUCUUGCGUACGUGCCUGCCCUAGUUCCAAGAUGGAAGUAGAAGAAAAUGGGAUUAAAAUGUGUAAACCUUGCACGGAUAUUUGUCCAAAAGCUUGUGAUGGCAUUGGCACAGGAUCACUGAUGUCAGCUCAGACCGUGGAUUCUAGUAACAUUGACAAAUUCGUAAACUGCACCAAAAUCAAUGGGAAUUUGAUCUUCCUUGUCACUGGUAUUCAUGGAGACCCUUACAAUGCAAUUGAAGCCAUAGACCCAGAGAAACUGAAUGUCUUCCGGACAGUUCGAGAGAUAACAGGUUUCUUGAACAUACAGUCAUGGCCCCCAAACAUGACCGACUUCAGUGUUUUUUCUAACCUGGUGACCAUCGGUGGAAGAGUACUCUAUAGUGGCCUCUCCUUGCUUAUCCUUAAGCAACAGGGCAUCACCUCUCUACAAUUCCAAUCUCUGAAGGAAAUCAGUGCAGGAAACAUCUAUAUUACUGACAACAGCAACCUGUGUUAUUAUCACACCAUUAACUGGACAACACUCUUCAGCACUAUCAACCAAAGGAUAGUAAUCCGGGACAAUAGGAAAGCUGAGAACUGUACUGCUGAAGGAAUGGUGUGCAACCAUCUGUGUUCAGGCGAUGGCUGUUGGGGACCUGGCCCCGACCAGUGCCUGUCCUGUCGUCGUUUCAGCAGAGGAAGGAGCUGUAUUGAGUCUUGUAACCUCUAUGAUGGGGAAUUUCGAGAGUUUGAGAAUGGCUCCAUCUGUGUGGAGUGUGACCCCCAGUGUGAGAAGAUGGAAGACGGCCUCCUCACCUGCCAUGGACCGGGACCUGACAACUGCACAAAGUGCUCCCAUUUUAAGGAUGGCCCGAACUGUGUGGAAAAAUGUCCAGAUGGUUUACAGGGGACAAACAGUUUCAUUUUCAAGUAUGCUGAUCAGGAUCGGGAGUGUCACCCAUGUCAUCCAAACUGCACCCAAGGGUGCAUAGGCUCAAGUAUUGAAGACUGCAUCGGCCUGAUGGAUAGAACUCCUUUGAUUGCAGCGGGAGUCAUCGGCGGGCUCUUCAUUCUGGUCAUUGUGGGCCUAACAUUUGCAGUUUAUGUUAGAAGGAAGAGCAUCAAAAAGAAAAGAGCCUUAAGAAGAUUUCUGGAAACAGAGUUGGUAGAACCUUUAACUCCCAGUGGUACUGCACCCAAUCAAGCUCAACUUCGUAUUUUGAAAGAAACUGAGCUCAAAAGAGUGAAAGUACUUGGCUCAGGUGCUUUUGGAACAGUUUAUAAGGGUAUUUGGGUACCUGAAGGAGAAACAGUAAAGAUUCCUGUGGCUAUUAAGAUUCUUAAUGAAACAACUGGUCCCAAAGCCAAUGUGGAGUUCAUGGAUGAAGCUUUGAUCAUGGCAAGUAUGGACCAUCCACACUUAGUCCGGUUAUUGGGUGUGUGUCUGAGCCCAACCAUUCAGUUGGUUACACAGCUUAUGCCCCAUGGCUGCCUGUUGGACUAUGUCCAUGAACACAAGGAUAACAUUGGAUCCCAGCUGUUGCUUAACUGGUGUGUCCAGAUAGCUAAGGGAAUGAUGUACUUGGAAGAAAGACGGCUUGUUCAUCGGGAUUUGGCAGCCCGAAAUGUCUUAGUGAAAUCUCCAAACCAUGUGAAAAUCACAGAUUUUGGACUAGCCAGACUCUUAGAAGGAGAUGAAAAAGAAUAUAAUGCUGAUGGAGGAAAGAUGCCAAUUAAAUGGAUGGCUCUGGAGUGUAUACACUACAGAAAAUUUACCCAUCAGAGUGAUGUUUGGAGCUACGGAGUCACUAUAUGGGAACUGAUGACCUUUGGAGGAAAACCGUAUGAUGGAAUUCCAACCCGAGAAAUCCCAGAUUUAUUAGAGAAAGGAGAACGUUUGCCCCAGCCUCCGAUCUGCACUAUUGAUGUUUACAUGGUCAUGGUCAAAUGUUGGAUGAUUGAUGCUGACAGUAGACCUAAAUUUAAGGAACUGGCUGCUGAAUUUUCAAGGAUGGCUCGAGACCCUCAAAGAUACCUAGUUAUUCAGGGUGAUGAUCGCAUGAAGCUUCCCAGUCCAAACGACAGCAAGUUCUUUCAGAAUCUCUUGGAUGAAGAGGAUUUGGAAGACAUGAUGGAUGCUGAGGAGUACCUGGUCCCUCAGGCUUUCAACAUCCCACCUCCCAUCUACACUUCCAGAGCAAGAAUUGACUCAAAUAGGAACCAGUUUGUAUACCGAGAUGGGGGGUUUGCUGCUGAGCAAGGAGUGCCUGUGCCCUACAGAGCCACAACCAGCACCAUCCCAGAAGCACCACUUGCUCAGGGGGCUACAGCCGAGAUUUUUGAUGACUCCUGUUGUAACGGCACCCUACGCAAGCCAGCGGCACCCCACGUCCAGGAGGAUAGCAGCACCCAGAGGUACAGCGCUGAUCCCACAGUGUUUGCCCCGGAACGGAGCCCACGAGGAGAGCUGGAUGAAGAGGGUUACAUGACCCCUAUGCGAGAUAAACCUAAACAAGAAUACCUGAACCCUGUGGAGGAGAACCCUUUUGUUUCUCGGAGGAAAAACGGAGACCUUCAAGCUUUGGAUAAUCCCGAAUAUCACAACGCUUCCAAUGGUCCACCCAAGGCAGAGGAUGAGUAUGUGAAUGAGCCACUGUACCUCAACACCUUUGCCAACGCAUUGGGGAAUGCCGAGUACCUGAAGAACAAUGUACUGUCUGUGCCAGAGAAGGCCAAGAAAGCAUUCGACAACCCUGACUACUGGAACCACAGCCUGCCACCUCGCAGCACCCUUCAGCACCCAGACUACCUGCAAGAGUACAGCACAAAAUAUUUUUAUAAACAAAAUGGACGGAUCCGGCCUAUUGUGGCAGAGAAUCCUGAAUACCUCUCUGAGUUCUCGCUGAAGCCAGGCACUGUGCUGCCUCCUCCGCCCUACAGACACCGAAAUACUGUGGUGUAAGCUCAGCAGUGGCUUUAAGAUAGAGACACACCCGCUCCAAUUUCCCUGCCGCCUCUCUUUCUCUUACGGUCUUCCUCCUAGUCCCAAGGCCAGUAGUUUUGACACUUCCUGGUGGAAGAUAUAGAGAUGCAAUGAUAGUCAUGUGCUUAUCUAACUUGAACAUUAGAAGGAAGAACUGAAAGAGAAAGACAGGAGGAACCACACUGUUUCUUCAUUUCUCUGCAUGGGUUGGUCAGGAGAUUGAAACAGCUAGAGAAGGACCAGCAAAUAUAAGGCAACACUGCCUGCUAUCAAGCUAGUUCUCAAUGUUUUCUCUUUUUCUU